AUGGUUGAGGGAGAUUCAGAUCUGGAACUGUCAGAUGAGGAAAAUGCUGAGGAUGAGGUUGCUCCUGCUGAAGAAGAGAUAGAAAGCUCAGAAGAAGAGGCAGGAGGCUCAUCAGAUGAGCUGACAGACACAGAUGAACAGGAAAACCGUCGUCCUCUGUGGGCCAAGACCAGCAUAUUCAAACCUGUGCUGCCCAGGCCUCCUGACUGUCAAGAGGACCCCACCAUUCGUAGAAACUGGAGUCCUAUUCAGUACUUUUCACAGUACAUUGACAACAAAGUCUUUGAAGACUUGGCAACAUUUACAAAUCAGAGAGAGCUACAGACAAAGGGUAUCUCGUUCAACACCACCGCUGAAGAAAUGAGGAUCUUCUUUGGGAUUUCGAUCCACAUGGCCUGCCUUGGCUUUCCCAGAAUCAAAAUGUUUUGGGCCAGCAAAACCAAAGUGCCAAUAAUAAGCCAGAAAAUGACAAGGAACAGGUUGUUCAAGUUAAGAAACUCACUGAAAAUUGUCAAUGACCUGGAUGUAACAGAGGAAACAAAGAAGAAAGACAUUCUUUGGAGAGUCAGGCCACUUCUGGACAGAGUAAGGCGAGGCUGCCUUGGCCUCCGGAAACCAGGAAGAAUCUGCAUUGAUGAGCAGAUGAUCCCUUUUACGGGCCGCUGUCCCAUCAGGCAGUUUGUUCCAGGCAAGCCAUACCCUACUGGUUUAAAGGUUUUUGUACUUGCUUCUCCAGAUGGUCUGAUGCUGGACUUUGAAGUUUAUCAAGGGAAGGAUACAUUUUCUGAUCGAAGGAUGGGAAUUGGGGCAGCAGCAGUCCUACGCAUGGUUGAAACUAUUCGCAAAGGAAGUCACCUGUACUUCGACCGCUACUUCACAUCAGUUAACCUCAUGGAUAAAUUGCUGGCCAACGGCCUUCCAGCAACUGGAACCAUAACAAAAAACCGUCUCCCAAAGACGUGCCGGUUGCCUGAUGACAAACAACUGAAAAGAGAAGGGAGGGGAGCGUCAGUGAUGGUAGUCAGGAGAAGUCCUGAGUUGGCCAUCACAAAAUGGUAUGACAACAAGCCUGUGCUGAUGGUUUCUACUGCACAUGGAAAAGAUCCUGAAGAUGUCUGCACCAGAUGGUCGAAUAAAGACAAAGUCCAGGUCCAAGUGAGAAGACCCGCAGUCAUUAGAGAGUACAAUGUCAACAUGGGUGGUGUGGACCUCUGUGACCGCAUGCUGAGCUUCUAUCUCAUGGCAAGCAGAACCAAGAAAUGA